GCGCCGUAAGUGCGCAUGGGAUUGGGAGCAUGGCGUUGUACGCGGCGGCUGCGGCGGUACUCGCUGGGGUGGAAAACCGCCAGGGCUCCCUCAAGGGCUUGGUAUACGCUAGCAACUUCCAGUGUGUCUCUCCCUUCGGUGAUGCAGAACGUGAAGCAGCUGUACGCGCUCGUGUGCGAGACGCAGCGCUACUCGGCCGUGCUGGACGCCGUGAUCGCCAGCGCCGGCCUCCUCCGUGCUGAGAAGAAGCUGCGGCCGCAUCUAGCCAAGGUGCUGGUGUUCGAGUUGUUGCUGGGAAAGGGCUUUCGAGGGGGCGGGGGCCGUUGGAAGCCUCUGCUCGCCCGGCACCAGGCGAGGCUCAAGGCCGAGUUGGCAAGGCUCAAGGUUCACCGCGGUGUGAGCAGGAACGAGGACCUGUUGGAAGUGGGGUCCAAGCUGGGCCCAGCCUCCCAGGUGCCUCGUUUCGUGCGUGUGAACACUCUCAAGACCUGCCCCGAUGAUGUGGUGGAUUACUUCAAGAGGCAAGGUUUCUCUUACCAGGGUCGGGCUUCCAGCCUUGAAGAGCUCCGGGCCCUCAAAGGGAAGCACUUUGCUCUGGAUCUCUUGUUGCCUGAGUUGCUUGUGUUUCCUGCGCAAACAGAUCUGCAUGAACACCCGCUAUACCAGGCGGGUCACCUCAUCCUGCAAGACAAGGCCAGCUGCCUCCCAGCCAUGCUCCUGGCCCCGCCACCUGGCUCCCAUGUCAUUGAUGCAUGUGCCGCCCCAGGCAACAAGACCAGUCACCUGGCAGCUAUUCUGAAGAACCAAGGGAAGAUCUUUGCCUUUGACCUGGACGCCAAACGGCUGGCGUCUAUGGCUACUCUGCUGGCCCGCGCUGGAGUCUCUUGCUGUGAGUUGGCUGAGGAGGACUUUCUGGCAGUGUCACCCUCGGAUACACGUUACGCGCAGGUCCAGUACAUCCUGUUGGACCCCUCCUGCAGUGGCUCUGGCAUGCUGAGCCGGCAGCUGGAGGAGCCUGCAGCAGAGCCCCCCAGCAAGGAGCGGCUGUGCGCUCUGUCAGCAUUCCAGCUGCGAGUGCUGCGCCACGCGCUCUCGUUCCCUGCCCUGCAGCGCCUUGUCUACUCCACGUGCUCCCUGUGCCAAGAGGAGAACGAGGACGUGGUCCGGGAUGCCCUGCAGCAGAGCCUAAGGCCCUUUCGGCUGGUACCCAUCCUGCCCUCCUGGCCACACCGAGGCCUUGACACCUUUCCAGGAGCUGAACACUGCCUCCGCGCCUCCCCCGAGACCACGCUCACUGGUGGUUUCUUCGUUGCUGUGAUUGAAAGGGCAGAGGUGCUGAGCUCAGCCUCACUGGCUGAAGUGCCGACGCCAGCACCUGUGCCCAGCCCAGUGCCCAAGAGGAAGAGGCGGCGGAAAGCAGUGGCCAGCGAGGGCACAUAGCAGGCAGCAGGAACCAACUCUCAUCUGUGACAGGAAGCGCCGCGCACGUCCUCGCGCACACGCCAGGCGCCCGAGGUAGCUGGCUCAGCGUGCACGGCCAAGAGCCCCGAUGCAAGGCCGGGGUGAGGCUUCGCUGCUGGACCCUUGUCCACCCUGACAGGUUCUGGGCCUUGCGCUCUUCCCACAUUCAACCUCAGUCACUAGGGGAGGGGACUAGUUACACCUACGUCACAUUAUUUAUAAAAUGAGGAUUAAGUUUGUAUAAUCCAGAAGGAGCUCCAGCGGACCCCUUCUCCACACAGGCAUAACUUAACAAUACAGCUACUCUCUAUUUCAUAGCAUUUAUACUUAACCACCUCAGUGAACCAAGCUUGAAGGAAUUUAAAAGGCAAUUUAGCUUAAAUACAAAAAUAAAUUUUUAUUUUGUUAAAAAA